GCCAGCUCCCCUUGAGUUACCCCAACCUCAGCCCCAAGGCUGAGACCCUGCUGGCCCACUACAGCCAUACUGUGAAGUGGAGUAAGUCCAUCCUGUCAGAACAGAGGCCCUGACCAAGCGGAGAAUCUUUUACAAGCCUUUGUUUGGUAGAGUAGGGGUCCUCAGGUAAUAAACAGGACACAUGGGCUAGAAUCCAGCCCAAGGAUUUGGAUCACCGGCUGCAGGCCUUGAACUGGCAGGGCCUCCAUGGUUGCAGUGCUGCUCUGGUGACCCAGGCUGAGAAGCCGGCGGUGAUAGAGGUCCUGCCUGGAGGAGCAGCCACUCUGCCUUGUGGGAUCCCUGUAAAUACGGAGGUUUACUGGUUUUCCCUGCAGUCAGACCACAUACCAGUCAGAGUCAUGGACCUUAAAUACAGAGCUGGAUAUGAUGUGAAUCCUGUUAACAUCAGAGAUGAAUACAGAGGGAGGCUGUUUCCUGUUUCACACUCUAACACACACAGUCUGCAGCUGAAGAACAUCACUGAGGCAGAUCUGCUGAUCUAUUGCUGUAUCCAAAGCAGUGAUCUAAAGUUUGGAAACUGUACAAAGCUCAAUUUCACAGAACCUCCUGGAGGCCAGUCCACUCCCCACCCUCAGUCCGAGACCCUGAACCCUGAGCCCUGUACCCCUGACCUCCUGCCUUGGAUUCUCCUGCCUUGUGUCGCCCUUCUCACUGGUACCAUCUCAUCACUCUGCUGCUAUUUCUAUCAUAACCAAGCGGCGCUGAGGAAGAGCUCUGACUCACAGCAGAGGGGAAGCAGGACCAGCCGACAUGAUGAGGAAAAACUUGAGGUCCAGUAUGUAUCAGUGAAGUUUAAAUCAUCCAUGAAGCAAGUCCAAAAGAGAGCAGAGGAUGAACAGGAUACUGUUUAUGCCGGAAUUAAGUGACAGGCAUGAAAUGCUGAGCAGAGAACAGAAAACAGACACAAGGAAAGAUUCAUAAACGGGAAGAUUUAGUGUUGAAUUUGAAGUUAUUUUUGAAUUUAUUGGAAUUGUUUUUAUUUAUUGACUAGUUAAAUUUGGCAAGCAUGAUUAUCCCGACUUGGACAUAACCAGAUACUGAAUAAAAUUCUACAAAUUGGUUACCGCAAUAA